UCCAUAUGGAACCGCCGCCAUUGGAGAGCAGCAUGCACUGUGUGACAUGCGAUGAUAUCACACAAACGUACCCUUACACUGUCACAGAACACGUCAUUGAUGCAUGGAGACAAAUAUCGGUAUACUGUGGUCCAAUUCGCCAAAUUAUGGAGCUCCGCAUUAAAAACGAGAUGACAAAACAAUACCUGGAAAACAGACAAGCAAAUUCGAGUCAAUUUGUCGGAGAAUCGUUUAUCACCGACUGUGAGUGGCAGGGGAUCAAAACGCCUACAGCAAAGCUGGUUGAAGUGGUAGAUAGCGUACCAAGUGAUAUAGUCCAAGGUCAUUCAAAACUUCGAUGGAACAAAAACAGCCGCACAUUCACCGAAAACAAAUGCAUUCAUCUCGAGCUCGAGGGAGAAAUCUUCAUCAAGAGACCAGGCUACUACAUAGUAUCUUCAACGCUACAUGUUAAUGCCACAGGAACGAACAAUACAACAAAAACAUUCAGUCACAACCUUAAUAUGCAGUCCGACAAAUUAUGGAUGUUUGGUGUUCUUAUGCAACGCAAAAGAUCCAUCAGAGAAUCAAACAAUGUUAUUUUUACAAGUUUUAUAUCCGCGGUUUUUAAGUUUUAUGUAAAUGAUAGGAUAUCUAUAUCUGUCAGCGACCCAAAGUAUUUAGCUUAUAACAAUUCUAACCACCAUUUCACUGCCUACUACACGUACGACAUGUUUUAA